AUGGGCAUCAAAAGCGAUCUGAAUUUAUUACAAUCUGAGAGAAAUUGGGAUAUUUCACUCUUUUUUCUGGCCUAUUUAAUCUUUGCAGUCCCUAGCAAAAUUCUCAUGCGCUAUCUUGGCGCGACUCGUUAUCUGUCACUGAGUUUGGUUGUAUGGGGUAGUAUCACUGUUGGUUUGGCUUUCGUAAGAAAUGCUCGAGAACUACUGUCUGUUCAAUUUCUUCUUGGUGUGACUCAAGCAGGCUUUUUUCCCAGUAUUGUCAUAUAUUUCUCAUUCUGGUAUCGUAAAAGAGAUCAAACUAUGAGAAUAGCUAUUCUUUUUGGAGCUUCCAUCAUUUCUAGUGCUUUGAGUGGUAUUCUGGCGUAUGGUUUCAUAUACCUGGAUGGUAUUCGUGGUCUAAACAGUUGGCAGUGGAUGUUUUUGCUUGAAGGUUUGCCGAUGAUUCCUCUUGGUAUCAUAACCUGUCUUUUUCUCAGCAAUAUACCCGAUACUGUACAAUGGUUGAAUAACAGUGAAAAACAGCUUUUGACAAAUCUUCUCCGACACGAUGCAGGCAUAGCCAAUGGUGAAAAUGUUCGACUUUCAUGGCGACAAAGAUCCAUCGCUAUCGGGUUUGUUGUGGGUAUUGGUCAAAUUGGUGGAAUUAUAUUGCCUUUUGUACAUUAUGAUAAGUCAACCAAUCGGCGUAACAUUUUUAUUUAUUUUGGAACGGUGGUGGCUAGUUUGGUUCUUGUCAUUAUUUUACGCAUCUGUUUGAUACUGGAGAAUCGUUGGCGAGAUAAUUUAUCACGGGAGAAGUAUGACCGUAUAGCAGCUAUCAAAGAGUCUUGUGAUUGGCAUCCCCAAGUACGAUACGUCUUGUGA